AUGAGUGACGAAGAAAUUGAAAUAAUUAGAUCAGAAGAAGAAUUUUAGAGAUAAAACAAAUUAAUCAAAAGUCUCUAAACUGAAAAUACUGUAUAUAUAUAUCUUAUAUAUAUUUAUUAGAGAUUAUAUUCGGUUGAAAAACAAUUACAAAAAGAAAUAUAAUAAUUGCAUCUUAAAUUAAAAAAUCUUGAAAUUGAUAAAGCAACAUAAUGUUAUGAGAAUAAGAAUUGGAGUAUUACAUUUUUAAAUAUAUCAUAGGGUCUGAAUUGGAAAGUAAUUUAAAGAAAUCUGAAUCACAAAAUAUUUAAUAUGAACUCCUUUUAAAGAAAAUUAACAAAAAAUAAGAAAGAGAUAAAGCUGAGAUUUAGAAUUUAAAAUAAUAAUUGUUAGAAUCCUAAAAUACUAUUGAAAAGGAUAAUUAAUUAGAAAAUCUCUAAAAGGAUAUAUUACAUUUAAAUGAAAAAAUUGCUUAAAUAAAUUAGGAUCAUAAAAAUUAUAUUGAGGUAUUAGAAUAAUAAUUUGAUUAAUCAAAAGUGUUAUUACAAUAAGAAUAGCAUAAUUCUAAAUAAUUGUAAGAUAAAGUUAGUUGUUUAUAAGAUGAUAUUGCCAAAUUAAAAGAUAUAAAUUAAUAAAUGAUCAUUUAAUAAGAGACUUUAAAUUAAGAUAAAAUUUAAUUGAUUAAUUAGAAUGAAGAAAUACAUAGAAAAUUAAAUGAAGUUUUAAUUGAAAAUUAAAAUCUUUAGGAUUAAUUUGGUUUUUCAUAAUCUUAAUAUUAAGAAACAAAAGAUCAUUUAAAAAAGAUGGUAGAAGAAUCUUAGUAAUAGUAAGAAGAAAAGAGAUUAUCCUUUUAAAAAUAGUAUGAAUAGCUUCAAAAAAAAUAUUAAGAAAUAUGUAUUUAAUAAGAAGAAAUAAAAUAAGAGAAUAUCUAAUUAUAGUAGAAAGUAAAUAAAUUAGAAAGUCUUAAUAUAUAAUUGGCUUAAAAAGAAACACAAAUCAAGGAUAUAUCAGAAUAAUUAUUAUAAUCUCAAAAUGAAAGAAAAAAAUUAGAAAAUGAAUUUUAGAAUAGUUUAUAAACUUAUUCAGCAUCACAAUCUAAAAAGGAUAAUGAAAUAACAAAGUUAAAAUAAAAAAUUAAUGAAUUAGAUAAUAAACGUUAAAAAUACUAAAAAGAUAUGAAACUGUAACAUGAAACAAUUCAAAAUUUAGAUUUUGAAUUAGAUAAUUCAUAAAUCUCAAUAAAAAAUCUUAAAGAUCAAGUUAUUAGAUUAUCAGAAGAAUUAUCUUAAUAAUAAAUUGAAAAGGAAUCUUUACUUUUAUAAAUAGUAGAUCUUAAAUAAUAAUAUGAGAGCAUUUAAUAAAUUAAUAAUGUUUUAUAAGAAAUAAAUUAGGAACAUAGAGAUGAGAAAAAAUAAAAUCAAAAUUUGAAAUAAAAAAAAUAAAAUAAAGGUAAAAAAUAAUCUUAAAUAUUAUAAAAUUAACUUGUUGAACAAUAAUAAUAAUUAGAUUAGAUAUUAAAAUGUAAUAUUAUUUUUAAUUAUUAGAGAACCUACCAGAAACUCUAGGAUUUAUAAUUUAAUUAAUUGAAACCAAAAUAUAAGAACUUUAACAAUAGGAAAUUGAGAACUAAGAUAUGGAAUAAAUUAAUUAAGAUUGCAUUAAAGAACAUAUAUGUUUAUUUUUCAUCAGAAUGGAGUAAAUUUUAAAAAAAGUGUAAAUUAAAUUAACACACACUAUUCAAUGA